GACAUUGUAUUCAAAACGUACGUUCUUUUUUGUUUUGCGCACGCAAAUGGACGAGUAAAGCUGUUGUCGCGUGAAGGUGAGAAAUUGCAAAUUAACAUUUUUAGAAUGGCAGAUUCAAUUGAUGAGCUUUUUGACUGCUUUGAACAAGCUGAAGAGGAAAACGACUCCGAAGAAAAUGACAGAGAAUUUGACGAUGUUAAAAUCGAGCAGGGAAUUUCGGAAAUUGGCUUAGGUGGGCAUAAAAGACUAAACGAAGGAAAAGGUGAAUCUAAUUCUAAACGGGUCAAAGUGGACGUUGUGUGCGUUGAUGAUAUAAACUUUGAAGAAUUAAAAAAUAGAAUAAUUGUACACAGUAUUGACACUCUGGGCCUAUGUACUCAUGAAGUAGCUUGUCCUCCAAAUCAGAGUUACACCCCUCUUCAACCUCGCGUAGGGGAAGAGGCAAAAAUCUAUCCAUUUACAUUGGAUCCUUUCCAAAGGGAGUCAAUCCUCUGUGUAGACAAUAAUCAGUCAGUGUUGGUAUCUGCUCAUACAUCUGCAGGAAAAACUGUAAUUGCAGAAUAUGCAGUUGCGAAGUCUUUAAAAUGUAAGCAGCGUGUUAUUUACACGACACCUAUAAAAGCCCUUUCAAAUCAGAAAUAUCGUGAAUUUCUUGAUGAGUUUAAAGAUGUUGGUUUAGUUACUGGCGACGUAACUAUAAAUCCAAGCGCUUCAUGUCUUAUAAUGACAACUGAGAUAUUGAGAAAUAUGCUCUAUAGAGGUUCAGAGAUUAUGAGGGAAGUCGGUUGGGUAAUAUUUGAUGAGAUUCAUUAUAUGAGAGACAAGGAAAGAGGUGUUGUUUGGGAAGAAACAUUAAUUUUGCUUCCUCAUAAUGUACACUUUGUAUUUUUGUCUGCAACAAUUCCCAACGCGAGGCAAUUUGCCGAGUGGGUUGCUCAUUUACAUCAGCAGCCCUGUCACGUUGUCUAUACUGAUUAUAGACCCACUCCCUUACAACAUUUUGUUUACCCAGCCGGUGGAGGUGGUAUACAUAUGGUAGUCGACGAAUCAGGAACAUUUAAGGACGAUAGUUUUAACACGGCAAUGGCAGUCUUGCAAAACUCUGGCGACGAAGCAAAAGGCGACCAAAGAGGUAGAAAGGGUGGAUUUGCAAACAAGGAUCCAAGUCAAACAAACAUAUUUAAAGUUGUCAAAAUGAUUAUGGAACGUAACUUUGCUCCUGUUAUAGUUUUCAGCUUUAGCAAAAAAGAUUGUGAACUUUAUGCCACCCAAAUGACUAAAUUGGAUUUUAACACAACUGCUGAGAAACAAUUAGUGGACGAAGUGUUUAAUAAUGCAAUGGACGUCCUUACGGACGAAGAUCGCCAUUUGCCGCAAGUUGAAAAUCUGUUACCUUUGCUGCGACGGGGCAUCGGCAUCCAUCACGGUGGCCUUUUGCCCAUUUUGAAAGAAACUAUUGAAAUUUUGUUUGGCGAGGGACUGAUCAAAGCCUUGUUUGCGACCGAAACCUUUGCUAUGGGUUUAAAUAUGCCUGCGAGGACUGUGCUUUUUACUGGAAUAAAAAAAUUCGAUGGGCGUGACUAUAGAUGGAUCACAUCUGGAGAAUACAUUCAGAUGUCAGGCAGGGCGGGUAGAAGGGGCAUCGACGAUAAAGGUAUUGUUAUUAUGAUGGUCGAUGAAAAAGUGCCACCUUCUGUGGGAAAAGACAUAGUCAAAGGAUUGCCCGACCCGAUUAAUUCCGCGUUUCAUUUGACAUACAAUAUGGUGCUCAAUCUUCUCAGAGUUGAAGAAAUUAAUCCGGAGUACAUGUUGGAAAGAUCUUUCUUUCAGUUUCAGAACCAAACAAAUAUUCCAGGGUUUUAUGACACAUACAACAAAAAAUUAGAGGAGUACAAUUCCUUUCAAGUGGAAAACGAAGGUCAAAUCGCUUCCUAUUAUAAUAUUCGCAAGGAACUCGAUGCGUUAGGUACCGAAUUUAGAGUUUAUCUAACGAAAUCGCAAUAUUUAAUUCCGUUUAUGCAACCAGGCCGUUUAAUUAAGAUCAAAACACAAGAAUGGGAAUAUGAUUGGGGUGCAGUGGUCAAUUUUAAAAAAGUUCAGGAAAUCCAACCUCCAAAGAGGGGCGGCAAGCAACGCACAAAACCCACCACAAAAGUGCAGUUAGACGUUUUGUUGCAUGUUAUUCCAGACUCUAAUGACGAAAACGUUAUCCCUAAGCCUUGCACAGAUGAACAAAAAGGAGAGAUUGAAAUUGUUUCGGUCGAUUCAAAAUUUGUCACUCAUAUUUCGUCGGUGCGCUUGUUUUGUCCCCAAGAUUUGAGAUCCAAGGAAAGUAGAAAAGGCAUGUAUAAAGCCAUAAAAGAGGUUAAAAAACGUUUUCCGGAUGGACCUCCUUUGCUAGACCCUUUAAAGGACAUGAAGAUACAGGAAGCCGAGUUUUUGGAAAUCGUAAAAGGGAUUGAAAAACUUGAGAAAAAGAUGAAUGAGCACCCCAUGCACAAGAAUCCACUGUUAGACACGGAAUACGACAAAUACGAACGAAAAGUUGUUUGCGAGACGGAGCUCGCUGUUGCUAAGCAAAAAUUGCUUAACGCAAAAUCUAUUUUGCAACUUGACGAACUAAAAUGCAGAAAGAGGGUGCUUAGGAGAUUGGGGUAUUGCACUGAAGCUGACGUCAUUCAGCUCAAAGGACGAGUGGCUUGCGAAUUGAGUAGCGCCGACGAGUUGUUGAUAACGGAAAUGAUGUUCAGCGGUAUGUUUGGGAAGUUAACACCACAGCAGUCAUGCGCUUUGCUUAGUUGCUUUGUGUGCGACGAAAGAAGCAACGAAGCUCCAACGCUGUCAGAUCAGCUGUCCGGACCCCUUCGACAGAUGCAGGAUUUAGCACGCAAAAUUGCAAAGGUUAGUACGGAAGCUCGAUUGCCGUUAGACGAAGAUUUAUACAUUGAGCAAUUUAAACCGAGCUUAAUGGAUGUGGUGUUUUCGUGGUGUAACGGUGCUUCCUUCAGCGAAUUGUGUAAGGUAACGGAAAUAUUUGAGGGCUCGAUCGUGCGAUGUAUGAGGCGUUUGGAAGAGCUUCUGAGGCAGAUGGUACAAGCGUCAAAAACUAUCGGCAAUGUCGAGUUAGAGGACAAAUUUAACACCGCUAUAAAAAUGAUUAAAAGAGACAUAGUGUUUUCAUCAAGUUUAUACUUGUAAAUAUUAAAACCUGCAAAGACGAGGUUUGAGAACAAAUGUAUACCGUAAAUACAAUUUUAAUCUAUAUUAACAAUGAAGUUUUAAUAUUUUGGGGAAGUUAUUAUUGUUAUUAAAAUUUAAUAGAUUGCGAGAAAGUUUUCAAGUAAUCACUUACUGUGGAUAUUGGCGGUAGAUCCCGAUCCCCUUGUAAUCCCGUCCCCUAUACUUUUCAUUAA